UUCUAAAUUAUUAUUAUAUUUAGUUCAACUAGUUAAACAUAACACACCCUUUUUGAGUUCCGUUCAUCUUCUUCUCUCUUUUCACUUCCCAACUUUCAGUUUCAACUUUCAUUAUAUACAUUAUCCACACACACUCUUGUCUUCCUUCACAAAUCCACACUUUCAUCUUCCUAAUAAGCAUCUUAAGUUAUGGAGUGGAACAAUUUGAAAGCACCUUCAUGGGAUUUAACUGAAAUGGAUCAAACAACCUUAAACAACAUAGAAACAAUGGAUGGUUCAAAGAGGUUUGGAGAUUAUAGAACACAAAGGGAAUUUUCUGUUGAUUUGAAGCUUGGUCAUGUUGGAAAUUCUAGCACUGAAUCAGUUGUAACAAAAUCCAAAGAUGUUGUUGGUGGAGUUUCAAAAAUGACAUCUUCAUCAUCUUCAACUGGUUCAGGUUCAUCUAAGAGAGCUAGAGCUAUUAACAAUGGAACUCAGAUAGUUUCAUGUCUUGUUGAUGGUUGUCAAGCUGAUCUGAGUAAUUGUAGAGAUUAUCAUAGGCGCCAUAAGGUUUGUGAACUUCAUUCCAAGACUGCACAAGUCACAAUUGGUGGACAUAAGCAAAGGUUCUGCCAACAAUGUAGCAGGUUCCAUUCAUUGGAGGAAUUUGAUGAAGGAAAAAGGAGCUGUAGAAAACGUUUAGAUGGACACAACCGACGGAGAAGAAAGCCACAAGCAGAACCCAUAACUCGAAGUAGUAGCUUUUUGUCCAAUUACCAAGGAACCCAGUUGCUACCCUUCUCAAGCUCACACAUAUACCCUUCUACUGCUAUGGUGAAUCCUACUUGGGGUGGAGGAGAUGUUAGGCUCCAUAAUCACAACCAACACCAACCAAUGCAUCAUCAUCAUCAUUUGGUCGAAAAACAAGACCUUUUUCUUGGAACCUCAUCAUCUCCAAACAGCAGCUACAGAGGUAGUAGCACUAACCAGAACACAAUAGCCACACUCAACAACAACAAUCAACAUCUACCAGCUGGUUUGAGUCAAACAUUUCACAGGAACACAACAAACCCAUUUUCAGAAAGAUGCAAAAUGUUCUGUGACAACAACAAUAACACUUCCUGUGCUCUCUCUCUUCUGUCAUCAUCAGUACCACCACAGACACAUGAUCAUCCUGAAAAUGGAUUGAAUCACAUGGUGAAUACUCACUCAUCUUUUAUGCAACCUUUAGGUUUGAGUUUACAUGAUCAUAGCUUGGGAUCUGUUGACUCUGUUUUGGGUUCAAAUGAUCAGAAUGCUCAUUGUUCUUCAAUGUAUAACAUGGGUUCUAAUGAUCAAUCUCAUUCUCAUGAAGGAAAUCAUAAUGAAGCUCCUCCAUUAUUUCCCUUUCAAUGGGAUUAGAUUACUAUUAUAUAAGGUUGUCACCUUAAUUAAUUUGUUUGCUGAUCAGUUAUUUUUAUUUUGUACUGUUUUUGAAUUAUCAAUUUGUUUUUAUUAAUGCAUCAAAGCAAUGGACCAUUAUUUAAGAUGUGUU